AUGUUUCGAGAUUGGACUAUUGAUAACGGACAUGUGUUUAUAGAACACGAGGCUGGUUCCGAACCUAAGGAUGCGUUACUCCCGUGCAUAAGGCGCAACGAGGAUGAAGAGCCUUAUCUCACGCCGGAAGAGGAGUUACGCCGCAUGACGGAACAAGUCGAAGAAAGCCAGGGGUUCGACAUCAAUUUCAAGGAGUUCCGAUGCAUUUUUAAUUACCUACCAGUUGAUUUUGAUGAUAACGGCUACGUCAAGCCACCAGAGACGACUAGAACGUUAAUGGACAGGCUCUCUCGUAAAUCCCUUGAGAAAUACAAUAAAGAGAAGGGUACAGAUUUUGAAUUUGUCAAGUUUAUCAAAGGCAAUCUUCACGAAACUGGUUGUCCUGCCACAAUGUAUUACAUUACCUUUCAAGGUAAAGCUCCUUCUGAUGAUGAGCCAAAAGAGUUCCGAGCAAAGGUCUGCUAUUUCGCUCAUGAACCGAACUUGUACCACUCCUGCGAGCUCAAAUCUGAGAAAAAAGUUCACUUCAUUGAAACUGAGGAGAAAGAAGAUGCCAAGAAACGCAGGUUGGCACAGGAGCUGUCUAAUGCUGAAAAGUGA